AUGCUGCUAAUUUGGACACUCUCGCUGCUCCUGGGGGCAGUGACAGGAAAAGAAAUCUGCUACUCGAGGUUGGGUUGCUUCAGCGACGACUCCCCAUGGGCAGGAACUGUGGAAAGACCCCUCAAAAUACUGCCCUGGAGUCCAGAAGAUAUCAACACCCGUUUCCUCCUGUACACUAAUGAAAAUCCAGACAACUUUCAAGUAAGAGAACUCACUGCUGAUCAACCAACUAUCCAGAGCUCCAAUUUCAAAACAAAUAGAAAAACCCGCUUCAUUAUCCAUGGAUUCAUAGACAAGGGAGAAGAAAGCUGGCUGAGCAAUAUGUGCAAGAACUUCUUUGAGGUGGAGAGUGUGAACUGCAUCUGUGUGGACUGGAAAGGUGGUUCCCGAACCGGGUACACACAGGCCUCCCAGAACAUCCGGGUUGUGGGGGCAGAAGUGGCCUAUUUUGUUGAGGUUCUCCAGUCGAACUUCAGGUACUCGCUUUCCGAUGUGCACAUCAUCGGCCACAGUCUGGGUGCCCACACUGCCGGGGAGGCUGGAAGGAGAUUAAAUGGGGCUGUUGGGCGAAUCACAGGACUGGACCCUGCUGAGCCUUGCUUUGAGGGCACACCCGAAUUGGUCCGACUAGACCCCAGUGACGCCAGUUUUGUGGAUGUCAUUCACACGGAUGCUGCACCUAUAAUCCCCAACUUGGGGUUUGGAAUGAGCCAAACUGUGGGCCACCUGGACUUCUUUCCAAAUGGAGGAAUACAAAUGCCCGGAUGUAAGAAGAACAUUCUUUCUCAGAUUGUUGACAUAGACGGGAUCUGGGAAGGAACACGUGACUUUGUAGCCUGUAAUCACCUGAGAAGCUACAAGUAUUACUCUGAUAGCAUCCUCAACCCUGAUGGCUUUGCUGGGUUCUCUUGUGUCUCUUAUGACAGUUUCUCUGCAAACAAGUGCUUUCCCUGUCCAAGUGAAGGCUGCCCGCAGAUGGGUCAUUAUGCUGAUAGAUUUCCUGGGAAAACCAGUGGAGUGGGUCAGGAAUUUUAUCUAAACACCGGUGAUAUGUCUAAUUUUGCCCGUUGGAGGUACCAGGUGUCUGUCACACUGUCAGGAAAGAAAGUUACAGGGCACAUUCUAGUUGCUUUAUAUGGAAAUAAUGGAAACUCUAAGCAGUAUGAAGUUUACACGGGCUCUCUCGAACCAGACAGCACUCAUUCCAAUGAGUUUGAUUCAGAUGUGAAUGUUGGGGAUGUGCAGAAGGUUAAAUUUAUUUGGUAUAACAAUAUAAUCAAUCCAACUCUACCCAAAGUGGGAGCAUCCAAGAUCAAAGUGGAAAGAAACGAUGGAAAAGUGUUCAACUUCUGUAGUGAAGAAACCGUGAGGGAAGAUGUUCUGCUCACCCUCAACCCAUGUUAGGAGCCUGCUGAUGUGUGACCGCUGAAUCUUAUUGCUCGUAAAAUCUAGUGUUGACUCAAGGC